UCACCAGGUGAAUCGAUGUCAGGUCAUUUGACAGCCACAGUCAAGACCUACGGAGAGAACUACACUUCCCAUAAUCCACCUGCACAGCAGUUUGAAAAACAAACAGUUCAGCAUGAUCAGAAAGAAAAUCUGUAUGGAAGUAGCCAGAGUCAGUAUACUUCCUCUGAAAAAGCUGUGACUAAACCUGCUGAUAUAAUCAAAGAAGACUUACAUGUUACAAGCACUGAAACUACAAAAUCAAACAGUGGUUUGAAUAAAAAUUCUCUCUUGGGAUUGGAGAAAAACACACCCAGAGUUGAGGAAGCUUAUGUACAUCUUAAAAGUAAUAUUACUGCUGCCGUGGAGCAGUCUAAAAAUGAACCAAUCAAAAAUAGCUCUGGGAUUGCAGCUAGUAAACUGACAUCUUCAUCAAGUGACAUUAAGUUUAAAUAUGGAAUUCCACCUGCUAAACGACUAAUGGAACCAUCCAAAUCAGAGCUCACCUCAAACCUUCAAACAAAUACGUUGAAUGUAGAUCCAGAGCAGCUUAUAAAUAGAACCUACAAACACAAUUCUGGGGUCAAUUCAGAUUCAGAGGUGUCAUCAACAGAAAAUAUAGUCAGAAUCAACUCUGGACCAACAAAUGACCUGGCCUCACAAGGAACCAGGGAGCCAGAAACACUAAAACCUUUUAAUAAUGAAGAUGUACAAGCAUUAAUAAACAAAAACAAUAUAACACAGGAAAAUGACAUAGCUAAGCAACAAAACAACACUUCACAAUUAAAGGCUGUAGAAACGACCUCUAUAAACCAAAUGGUGGAGAGUCACUCAAAACCAGAAGCAGAUGAAGAAUCACUAACACAAAUAGCUUCAGCUGAAGAAAAAGAAAGCUGUCAGCAAAAAGAAAUCCAUCAAGAUGAUGAAAAUACAAAGACUCUGUUCUCAUUUGACAAGAAUGAACUCCCAAGAAACCAUCAGAGUAUCUCAAGAAUAAAAGAUGAUUCAGAAGUAGUAAAUAACUGUCAACAGAGAGAGAAAAUAACAGAAAGUGCAAUCCCAAUACAAGAACAAGGAUUUCCCAGACCAUUGGAAAUAUCACAUGAGAAAAACAAUCCAAAAAAGUCCACAAAAGAGUCUCAAGAAGUGAAUCCGACCAAUUACAAACCCCCAAAAUCAGCUAAAGAUGCACUAAAACCAAAUGUUUCCCCCCAGCAUAAAGUAAUAGUAGAGGAGGAUGCAACUCAAAAGAAUAAUAUACAGCCUGUUUUAACACAGAAUGUAGAAUCCACAGCAGAUACAUCAAACAUCACCAUUCUUACACCAAGCAAUGAGGAGACUGCAGAGGAACCCAUCAUUUACAGUAUUUGUGUCUCAAGCAAAACAGAAGCAGUUUCAAAUGAUGAACCUAUGAUCUACACUAUUUGUGUGUCAAGUAAGUGUCAUAUUGAUGAGCAACAAAAUCCGGUAAAACAAGAAGAGGAGAGUUCUGUUGAAACUGACAGAUUUGUGAAGGAUGAAAGCUUUUGUAUUAAAAACAAGAGAGCGGAAAAUGAACAUGAUGUUCACAGACAGACUGAAGUGUCUUCAAACAUUGAAGACAAAGAAGACAAGAUUGGAAAGUGUGAACCACCGGCAACUACAGAUAAGUCAGGCAUCACAGAAAGAAUCAGUACAUCAUAUGAGGACCUCUUAGCUAAAUAUGGGCUACCGGUCAGAGUUUGCGGUCAUCUCACAUCAAAACAUAUGCAAGAUAAGAGAGAACAAAAAGAAAAGGAGGAGACUGAAACUCACCUGCCACACAAGCCAGUAAAUCAUGGAAUGAACAGACCUCUACCAUCCAAAGAAAAAAGCUCAGAAACAACACAAACACAUCCAGAAGACUCCAGACAGGUUUCUGAUCAGCAAGCAUCCAUUACCAGUCAACCUUUAAAGGGGACUGAGAGCGAAAUCAAGCAAGUAAAAGUGCAACACUAUGAUACCAUAUCAAUAACUCAUUCCAACAACAUGGCUGAAAAGCAACAGAGUACAGGAAACAAUACGCCAAAGCUUGGUCAUUCUACAAGAGAUGCUACCAAAAUACUCAAAGAUACAGAAAAUGUUGAACAAGAUCAAGAUACUCACAUUGAACCAUCAAGGCAAAGUAGGGGAAAUGAAAUUGAGUUGAAGGAAAAGAAAGUUGAGGAGCAAGUGAGAAACACUGAUAAAGUGCAAAGUCUGCAAAUGACAGGAAAUAUUUAUGUUGUAUCUAAUUCUAGAGAGUCCCCAAAUAAAACUGAGAAUGUAUCCCUGAUGGCUAAACAACCUACAACAACAGAUGAAUCAACAAGGCCAACAAAAACUGAGGUUUUAAAGGCACUCAUUUCAUCCGUUGCAAAGGAUACAGUCAACACUAAACUCAUUGAAAGUACAAUUCCUGAAAGGAUGAUACCCCAAUCUAAAAAGAAGUCUCAAAAGGUGGAAGGUGAAGACAAAUUGUUUAAUGAUACUGAUACAUUUACGUCUCAAAAGAAUAAAAUACAUGGAACAGAAACAUUUAACUUAAAGGUUGAGAAAGCUUUGCAUGAGGCAAAACAAAAGGAUCCUGUAAUGGCUAUGAAACAAGAAUCUGUCUCAGACAAACAUGCUCAAACUCUGCAAAAGAAUGUAAAGGAGGAUGAGAAAGGAGGGGAGAAAAGGUCACAAGAGAAGAUACAAGUUGAAUUUAACACGAGUAAUGAAAUUAUAAACAGGAUGAAGAUGGUUUUAAAAGAUGGCACUGCCACACAUGUUAAUAAUUAUAGGGAUAAAGUUAGCAGUACUGGUGAGGAUGUGUGUACUGUUGUAAAACAAGACCAGGCCUGUUUUGAAGUCCCAAAAAUUCACUUAGAGUACAUAAAAGUGUCUACAGCGGAAGUAUCAUCAAACAAGGAAUUCAUGCCAGGCCACAAAAACCAACAUGAAGUGACAAAGAAGGAAAAUCUGAAAGGAAAGAAAGGAGCUGUCGUGACUGAACUUGUGGGUGAAAAAGACUUUACAGAGCAAAAUAACUUACCAGUUAAGCCCCUUGCAGUCCAAAAUGAACCCAAAACGGUGGAUAAUAUGAAAGGGCACAUUGAAAUGACAUGCAAAAAUACAUAUGAUGUUGGAAAAGAAAUCACACCACUUAAGAAAGACAGUCCAAGUAAAUUAGAAAAGACAGAAAUUAAUCCAAGAGAAGGAGCAGCUGAGACUCAAGAUAUAAAAGUCUAUGAUAAUAAACAACCCACACUGAACAGUGACAAAAGAAAGAAAGAAGACCCUGUAUUAAGUCUGAGUGGUCAAGAUGAUGGUGAUUUGAAAGUUAAUGAAAACAGAAACAGCCUCAGAGGGAAGAAAGAAAGAAAUGUUGAAGCUACGGAGACAAAACAGGGUGAUCAGACUAAUACAAACCAGUAUCAGCAAGAAACAAAAGGAAGUGCACGAUAUGAACAAGAGCAUGCUCAGUUAAGUCAACAGGACACAAGAAAAGAAGGGAUAUUGUGCAAACCAGAGGCUACUCAGAGGAACAAGAAGGUGACUAGACCAGAAAUAUCAGCUAUCGCAGACUAUGCUAGAUUGAAAGUUAUCUCUGCUGAAGACGAUACAAAAAAGCUUGAUUUAUUCCCUAAAACUGACUUCUACAACAGUUAUGAUCAGCCAGUUUUAAGAAUUCAUAAAGAUUUAUAUGGAAAUGUGUCGGAUAUAGGGGGAGAGUCUAAAAGAGAUGUCAUUUCAAUGGAGAAAUGUCAAAAUCUCAAGCAAAAAACAUCACAACUUAAAAAACAAACAGAUAAAGAGAUGUUACCUCAAAAACAAAACCACUUGAUUCCCAGUACAGUUCAACUAAAACCUUUAUCACUGGUAGCUUCAGGUUCACAAUAUGAAGCUGCAUCAAUGGGCACCAAACCAAGGGCUCUAACGAAUCAAAAGGAAUCAAACACUAAACCAACUUUCAUGGAGCAUCCAAACAGAAGAGAAGGGAACAAAAUUUAUCAGUCCAAGAAUCCCCAAGGUGUACCAUUGCAAGCCGACUGUACAAUAAGCAGAUCAAGACAAAUGACUCAUGACAAAACAACUGAAAAGGGCAAUCUUUCUCAUUAUGGAAGACAAGAAUCUCUAGCAAACUUGUCAUCGUCUGGCACUGUAAAAGCAGCAGACAACCAAAUAAAUAUGACAUCACCACCUGGAGAGGAAAUGGAGGAAAUACAAUAUUACACAGUGAAUGCUCUUGACACUGAAAUCAAGCCAAAAGAAGCACCUGAACUACCUCCUCCAUGUCUCAAAAUGUCUCAAAACACAGACUCAAAAUCAGAGAAAGAGAAAAAAGACGACUCAUUUUUGCAAAGUCUAAUAGACUACAGUAAAGUUCAUGCAACAGGACCGCGAUCCAACUCUUCUUCUCCAGCCAUGGGGAAACCCGUCAUGUUCAGAGUGAAGGAUAAUACCAUCAGAACAUCUUCUGUGACCAAAACCGUCAAGCCAUGUUUUCACAGGUCAUUCUCUGAAGACUUCCGGAUUGGCUCCCCAAAGGAACACUUGAGCGGUUCAGAGAAAGAAGAUGAAAUUCACCCCAAAGAGUCUGUUAACCCUCCAGUCAACCAUGAACCGCCUAUUGCUGCCCAUCGGCUCCAUAAAUUAAAAGAGACACUCCACAAUAACUUGCCCUCAGCAGAAUAUGCAACAAAACAAUCAAAGAGCCAUCAGAGAAGGAGCCAACAUUUUGAGGAAGAAGAAACUCGUUCUGUCAUCAGCAGAGUGUCAGAGGAUAUGGAGAACUGUACAGCGAGCCUCACAGAUGUGGCCAACAUAAGUGUAGCCUUCAUGCCCAAGCAUGAAAGUUACAGAGACACCUACCAAAGGCCUGCGUCCGCCUGCUACGAAAGACCAGAGUCAUCCUGCUAUGAAAGACCAGAAUCAGCCUGUAGUGAUAUGAGGCCAGUCGGUAAACCUCCAGCGGUGCCCCCAAAAUCAGAAAAAGGUCUUCGGCGAGCACAAAGACUUACAACGAGGCGUAUGAAAAAGGCAGAGACCCCCAAGAUGGCACCUGAAAACCAUGAACAGCUAGAGUCCAAAUCAAUCAGAAACGUCUCUGUUGUGCCCUCUUCACCUUCAGACACACUGUCAACACAUCUAGUGGUACAAGCGUCACCUCCUCUUUCACAGUAUGACAUCCAGCCAAAUUACACCCCCCCAGCACACAGUAUAGUCGCCCAACCUUUCCCCGUGACACAGAGAAAGCUUUUGCAAGACCCAAACUCAGGGCAGUACUUCAUGGUGGAUAUACCAUUACCGGUUAAGCCAAAGACAUUUUAUGACCCAGUAACGGGUAAAUAUAUACAGCUGAAUGUCCGUCAGAGGUCUCAGGGUGCUCUAACACAGCCAGCAUCGUUGGAGAUGUUGAACACUCCCUACAUGCUGUAUCGUGGGCUUCUGCCAAUGGCUGCGUCUUCAUUAACACCCUUGAGGUCAUCAUCUGAAAUGUCGACACCAGCAGACAACCAGGAUAUGCUUGAGAGAGGUAGUGAACCGUGGAGUCAGAAUGGUCAUCUGCAGAAUAGCAACAGAGAUUCACCGCAAUUCCCUGAUAUACUGUACAGGUCACAUGAGCAAAUUCAAAAUCCAUCUUUGUAUGCAGAAAACAGUAUCGACAACAAUGAAAGACACACAGAUAUUAUAACUAUGAGUGAAUUAGAGGACUUUGCAAUGGAGAGCACAUGACGAGUAAAGUUAGUUGUUUAGAUAGGUAAAUACUGUUUGUACACAAAUCUAAAGCUAAAUGACUGUAUAUCUAAGCUAUUUAAAUGUGACUUUUAAAUAUGUUAAAUUAGUUCUUAAAACUGUUUUUGAUUUGUAUUUAAGGAUUGCUGUUAAACCGCAUUGUGUUUUGUAGCUGAAGUUACCGUAAUCGGGGUAGGCAGGAGCUCUUUAUUGUCAAAAAAAGUAAAGGGAAGAACUGUGAAGCAUUCCAAUUAAUUGUUGAAAAAAUUUUGCAGUGUACUUGUUUAUAAUACAAUAAAGACCAUGCCCACAGAGCACACUGUACAUUCAAGGCAAGUAUAUUUCUAAUGUGACUUUUUAGUGGUAAUGCUAAGGCCUUAUCCUUAGACCCAGCCAGAAUAAAAAUCAAGCCUUUUUUUGGGGUCAGGUUUUCCAUAUGGCCCACAAUAUGCAUGAAAAUUGUCAUAUGUCAGGUUUAAAACUCAGUUUAAGGGUACUUGCCAAUGCCAUAUUAAAACAACUUUUCCCUUGAUGUGCUUUGGCAGAUUACAUAUUAAAAAGGGGUGGUCUGUCUUUACCUUGCCAUGGUUGCUGAUGUAUGACUAUAAAAUGAUUGCCUUAAAAACAACUACUUGCAAUGUACCACUUUUACAGUCUUUCAGAAACUCAU